AUGACCUUCUGGCUCUUCAAGAUCGGGUACUUGCUAUUCUUCGUAAUUUUAUCCCUUCUCUCAACAUCUGCAGUCGUUUACACGAUCGCGUGCAUUUACACAGCAAAAGAGACAACCUUAAACAAAGUCUUAUCUGUGGUCCCCAAGGUUUGGAAGAGGCUUAUGAUUACUUUCACUUGGAAUUUCGUCUUCGUUUUUGUGUACAAUUUUCUAUGUAUAUUAAUAUUGUUCUCGAUAAUGUUCUCCAAAGGAUUCGAGCAUAUGGGCUAUGUUAGUGGUACGGCUUUUCUACUCGUAUUAUCUAUCCCAUACUUCAUGGGGCUUCUCUAUAUUACGGUGAUAUGGCAUUUGGCAAGUGUGGUUUCCGUGUUGGAAGAGAGUUAUGGGCUAAACGCAAUGAGGAAAAGCCAGGGUUUGAUCAAGGGCAAGAUGGGAAUUUCCGCUGCGGUUUUCGUUGUGUUGGGUUUAUCUUUCUUUGGGAUUCAACAUAUGUUCAAAAUUCACGUGGUUUUCGGACAUGAAGGGAUUGGGAAAAGGAUUGUGUAUGGGAUUAUUUGCCUUGUUUUGCUAUCGAUUUCUAUGCUAUUUCAACUCAUUAUGGAGACGAUUGUUUACUUCGUUUGCAAGUCGUAUCACCACGAAAAUAUCGAUAAGUCAUCGUUAGCUGAUCAUCUUGGUGGAUAUCUUGGGGAGUAUACUCCUCUACAGCAUAAGGAUAUUCAGUUCGAGGAAUUUUAA